CGCUGUUCACUCUGCGAAUACACAAACAUCAAGCAAUGUCGUCCUCAGGCUGGAAUACAAUUGAAUCCGACGCUGGCGUCUUCACCGAACUGAUCGAGACCCUCGGCGUCAAAUCAGUCCAAUUCGACGAACUCCUCUCGCUCGACCCUUCCUCGCUCUCGGCCCUCGCGCCCCUCUACGGCGUCAUCUUCCUCUUCAAAUGGACGCAGUCCGUGAUUGCGCAGCAGGCGGACGGCAACGGCGGGAAGCCCGUCGAUGGCGAGUACGCGCCGGACGCGGAGUACGAGAUCUUCUUUGCCCGGCAGAAGAUCCAGAACGCGUGCGCGACGCAGGCGAUCCUGAGUGUGCUGAUGAAUCGGGGGGAGGUGAAGCUUGGGAGCGCGUUGAGUGAGUUUAAGGACUUUACGACCGGUUUUGAUGGCGAGCUCCGCGGAGAGACAAUCUCCAACUCAGACCUGAUCCGCACGACACACAACUCGUUCUCGCGCCCGACGCCGUUCGUAGACGAAUCGCAGGCCCCGCGCGCAGCAACAGACGACGACGACCUCUACCACUUCAUCGCGUACGUGCCCAUCAACGGCACGCUCUACGAACUCGACGGACUACAGCCGUACCCGAUCACGCACGGUGCCUGCUCGGACGACGAGUUUCCUGAUAAGCUGACGGAGGUGCUGUAUCGUCGUAUUGGGAGGUACCCCGAGGGCGAGGUGCGAUUUAAUUUGCUGGCGGUGUGCGCGGAUCGGCGGGAGUUGUUGGCGGAGGUGGGGGAUGUCGAGGGAUUGAGUCGGGAGAAUGAGAAGCGGGAGGAGUGGAAGCGGGAGAAUAUUCUGCGGAGGGAGAAUUUCGUCGGGUUGAUUGCGGAGAUGUUGAAGUAUGUUGUUGCGGACACGGUGGAGAAGAAGGGAGAGGAGGGGUUUGAGGGUAUUAUCGAUGAAGCAAAGAAGAAGAGCAUGCAGAGGUACGAGGCCAUGCAGCGACGGAGAUAGAAUAGUGAAAG